CAGUUUGAGCGCAGUUCCGGGCGGGGAGGCGCCUUUGCCGCUGUCUCAGUCUCUGCCAUUAGCAGCGCGGAACUACGAGUCCCGGGGUCCCUUGCGGCCGCCGUAGUCAAGUGGCCGGUGGAAUUGGCCCAGGAUGACAGCUGGAGAAUGGAGUCAGUUUUAUCCAAGUAUGAAAACCAGAUUACUAUUUUCGCUGACUACCUAGAAGAAUUUCCAGAUACAGAUGAGCUGGUAUGGAUCUUGGGGAAACAGCAUCUUCUUAAAACCGAAAAAUCUAAGCUGUUGUCUGAUAUAAGUGCUCGUCUAUGGUUUACAUACAGAAGGAAAUUUUCACCAAUUGGGGGAACGGGCCCUUCGUCAGACGCCGGCUGGGGAUGUAUGCUACGCUGUGGACAGAUGAUGCUGGCUCAAGCCCUUAUCUGCAGACACUUGGGCAGGGACUGGAACUGGGAGAAACAGAAAGAACAACCCAAAGAAUACCAACGAAUCCUACAGUGCUUCCUAGAUAGAAAAGACUGUUGCUACUCUAUCCAUCAAAUGGCACAGAUGGGUGUAGGAGAAGGGAAAUCAAUUGGCGAAUGGUUUGGACCAAAUACAGUUGCACAGGUGUUAAAAAAACUUGCUUUAUUUGAUGAAUGGAAUUCCUUGGCUGUUUAUGUUUCAAUGGAUAACACCGUGGUUAUUGAAGAUAUCAAAAAAAUGUGCCGCACCCUCCCCUUGAGUGCCGAAACAGCUGCUGAGAGCCCCCCUGAGUCUCUGAAUGCUUCGACCCAGAGUAAGGGCCCCUCUGCCUGCUCUCCAGCCUGGAAACCCUUGCUGCUCAUUGUGCCCCUCCGCCUGGGCAUAAACCAAAUCAAUCCUGUCUAUGUCGACGCCUUCAAAGAGUGUUUUAAGAUGCCACAGUCUUUAGGGGCAUUAGGAGGAAAACCAAAUAACGCCUAUUAUUUCAUAGGAUUCUUAGGCGAUGAGCUCAUUUUCUUGGACCCUCACACAACCCAGACCUUUGUUGACACUGAGGAGAACGGAACAGUUGACGACCAGACUUUCCAUUGUCUGCAACCUCCACAGCGAAUGAACAUCCUGAACUUGGAUCCUUCUGUAGCAUUGGGAUUUUUCUGCAAAGAAGAAAAAGACUUUGAUAGCUGGUGUAGCCUUGUUCAGAAGGAAAUUCUAAAGGAAAAUUUAAGGAUGUUUGAAUUAGUUCAGAAACAUCCAUCACACUGGCCUCCCUUUGUUCCUCCAGCCAAGCCAGAAGUGACAACCACGGGGGCAGAAUUCAUCGACUCUACUGAACAACUAGAGGAGUUUGACCUGGAGGAAGAUUUCGAGAUUCUGAGCAUAUAGAAUAGUGGGAACUCACCUUGGACAUCUGUCUUCCAUCUGGCACCAGAAGAACAUGAAUUCAUCACAUAAAACUUUUCUAGUCAGCAAGUGCCUGAUAUGCCAACAGCAUACAAACUUGAUAGCGAUCAUGACUGAGCCAAUCACCUUUUCUCAGAAAAAAACAAACAAGUGAACAAUAUACCCCUUCCCCAGAAAGAACUAAAACAAUCAUGGAAUCUAGGAGCAGAAAGAUUAGGAGUCGUCUCUUGCACUUCCCAGCUUCUUACAUGGCCACAGCGAAUCUUCAGCUACUGAAAUGAGGAGGUGGAUGUCUGGAAGAUAGGCAGCAACUCCCACCUUGCUUCCAGCACCAGCAGAUGAGAGAUGAUUACCCUGUGCUUCUUCACCCUUUCAGGUUUGACCUCUCUGGGCUAAAUACUAAGAAGCAAUCUGUUCUCUUGCUCUAAUAAUAAAGUGAUAAUCAUUGUAUCAGGGAAAAAAAGUUCUUGUUAAAUUAUUUGAAUAUGUAUUUAAAUAAUUAUAAUUGAUCUCAAAAAGUGUGUCAAAGACAUUACAUCUCAUUACAUUGGUCUCCUUCCUAUUUGAGAGAAACUUAACUAUUUGAUGGGUCACUGUCCCCAUCUUUACUGAUACUUUUGUCAGAUGGUCACCCUGUCCUUAAAUCAUUAUCACUUAAAUCAGGGGUCUGCAAACUUUUUCUGUCAAGGGUCAGAUAGGAAAUGUUUUAGGCUCUGAAGACCACAUAGUGUCUGUCACAGCUACUCAUCUCUGCUGGUGAAACCCCAAGACAGCCAUAGACAAUGUGCAUGCACAUGAGCCUGGCCGUAAUCCAAUAAAACUUUAUUUACAAAAACAGGCAGAGGGCUGGAUUUAGCUCACAGGCUGUAGUUUGCUAAUCACUGACUUAAAUUGUUGAUUUUUGUUUGGGAAAUUAAAAAUUGUGUUUGAAUUUGACUCCAUUUUGCUUGACAGUCAUAACUGGAAAGAAUUGUGGUGACAUUAAUCUGUGCAUCAAAUACAAUUCCAAACCAUUUCAGGACUAGCAAGCAACAUACUAAAUUUGAAAGCACAUAUUCGUCAAAUUGGCUUUGCUAACCACUCUCCUGUGUGGAUGCACCUUAUGUCCCAGUGGUAUCUUCCCCUUUUCCUCUCCUUGUCUUCUUAACCUAUGCAUUUCACCUCCAUGCUCAACCAAGCCCCCAGGAAGGCCAGCAACUGCGGUUUGAAAGCUAGCACCAAACCAAGGUGGGUUUUUUUGUGUGGUAUAUUUAGGAAUAUUUGAACACUUGUUUCCUUAGAUUCCAUUUUUUUCUUUUCCAGUAGGUAAUAUAUUCCAGCGGUUCAGAAUUCGAAAGGUGCAAAAUGGUAUUCAGUGAAAUGUCUCUCCCUCCCACAGGUCAGUUCUCUUUCCUGAAUGCUCCCAAUGUUAUUAAUUUCUUGUUUAUCCUUCCAGAGGAUAUAUUUUAUGCAUAUACAAAUAUAUGCAC